AUGCAUUUCAUCUCCAUCGUCGGUGCUCUUGCCUUUGCCACCGGUAUCCAAGGGUGGACCAAAGACGGCCAGGGGAAUUGGGUUGCCAAUAACAAUUGGUGGGUUAUACGAGGCACGAAUGUGCAUGAGUCAUGCACAAGAAUGAAUGACAACACUGUCAUCUAUCGCAACAAUGAGGCUUGUGCCUACUGGACCGACGGCGCCGGUACUAUCAAGCGCGGACGCUGCAAACUGACCAACCAGAACCCUUCGACCGCUUCGUGUGUCUAA